UCAAUUUCAUGCAGAUAUAUUCUUGAGGGAAGGAAGAUAAUGAAUCCUUAUCUCUUUGGAUUAUAUGCUUGGAGGGAGACAACAACACUGCAUGUGACAUUUAAAAAAGUUGUUGAGAACAAUUCAAGGGAAGGCAUGGUGAAUUUAAAAGGCGAGCUUUGUAUAUCUAUGGUACAGCUUUUGAAGAGCAUCUUAAGUCUUGAAGGAAACAAGAGAGGGAGGUUCAUACGUCUUCUAUUACACACUCUCCUAAGCACGUAUCUUUUACAGAUUCCUCGAGGGAGUCACAAGGACUUCACCCUAUCCAAUUCGUAUGUUAAACCUUAUGGUCCUUAUCCAAGCAGCACCCUCCAUGAAAUAAAAACAGAAGAUGGAUGUUUUAUCAGUUGCAGACAAUGGAAAUGCACCCAAAAUCCAUCGAGGCUUGAAGGACCAAAACAACUAAAUCCAGUUCUCCUUCUUAAUGGUCAUUCUACUGAGAGUUACUGGUUGCCAACAGAACCAAAUGAUUUAGUCAGAACUUUACUGGAAGAAGGCCAUGAAACAUGGCUACUGCAACCAAGGUUGCAUCCUUUGAAUCCUUCAAAAGAAUUCACGAUUGAAGAUAUUGGAAGAUUUGAUGUCCCAGCUGCAAUAAAUAAGAUCCUUGAAUUGCAUGGCCAGCAUACAGUAAUACAUGUAGUUGCACAUUGUGUUGGAGGCUUAGCCGUACAUAUAGCUCUCAUGGGGGGCCAUGUAUCUGCAACCCAUAUAGCUUCCAUGUCUUGCACCAAUUCUUCAAUGUUCUUCAAGCUUAACGCUUCAUCAAUGUUCAAAAUGUGGCUUCCUCUGGUCCCGCUUUCCAUGGUUAUACUAGGCAAGAACAAAAUCCUGCCUCUGUUGGACACAUCAAAGUGCAGUUUCCGUCAUCGGCUCUUGAAAUUUAUUGCCUGCUUGAUACCACGGCAUGAGAGAUGCACCUGCAACGAGUGUGAGGUUUUUUCUGGUAUAUUUGGAAGCACAUUCUGGCAUGCAAAUGUAAGCCCCAAAAUACACUACUGGUUAAACAAAGAGAGUUUGACAAGGCUUCCCAUGGCAGCAUUCCCCCACCUCAGGAAAAUAUGCAAAGCCGGCUUCAUUGUAGACAGCAACGGCAACAACACAUAUUUGAUCCAUCCUGAGAGAAUGGCGCUCCCUACGCUUUAUAUUUCCGGAGGACGGAGUCUCCUUGUGACUCCAAAGACUUCUUUUCUUGCUAACAAGUACAUGACGUUACACCAGCCUGGUUUUAGACAUGAGAGAGUUGUUGUGGAGGGUUUUGGGCAUUCGGACCUUUUGAUUGGAGAAGAGUCUGAUAAGAAGGUUUUUCCUCACAUUUUAUCUCAUAUCAGAUCAGCUGAAGGAGGAAAUGAUGCAAUCGGUGCUCCGGGAAGGAAGUACACUAAAGAGGCAGCCCUGGAGUGGGAAGAUGAUCCAGAUGAAGAAUAUGGAGGGUUUGACAGUUGGUUUUCUCCUUUAGUGGUUGUUUUGUUGUUUUUCUUGUUGUUUCUCAUGUUAGUUUCAUAGUACUUGUAACUUGUGUCGGUGGUUUGUGAAGUGGGAAUUGAAA